UCCUCCCAUUUAUUCCUCUCUCACCACCUCUCUCUCCUCACUCCAAGUUCUACAAUGUCCGACUCUGAUGGAUCAUACAACGAGGCUUCUUCUCCAGAAUCUGAAGAAGUCUCACAGCUGCGCUCAUCCAGCAGCGGCGGGGGCAUGAACACCCGCUCCACUCGCAGAUCAAACGCUGAGCUUCGGUCCACCACCGGCGGCGGCUACAUCUGGGAAGAUUCGAUCCAGCGGCCAUGGGAUAUCGUACAGGAAGACGAAGGCGGUAGUCUGGCGACCGCAAUUGCAGAUCUUGUACAGUCAAACAAACGCAAGCGACUGUUUUACGAGCAGACCCCUCUCCAGCGCGGCAUCAUCCGCCAUCUUAUCCUCGUCCUCGAUCUCAGCUCAGCAAUGGCAGACAAAGACAUGCGGCCCUCGCGGUAUCAGCUCUCGCUGCAGUACGCGGUUCAGUUUGUGAACGAAUACUUUGAGCAGAAUCCAAUCUCGCAGUUGGGCGUCAUCGGCAUGAAAGACGGCAUCGCUCAUCUUAUCUCACAGCUCGGCGGUAAUCCGGCUGAGCACAUCACUGCCAUCCAGGCUUUGAGAAAGGACGAGCCCGCUGGUGUGCCGUCUUUACAAAACGCUCUAGAAAUGGCCAGAGGUGCACUCUACCACGUCCCAUCACACGGCACAAAAGAAGUCGUCAUCAUCUUUGGUGCCCUUCUAUCCUGCGAUCCAGGCGACAUCCACAAAACCAUCUUGACCUUAAAAACAGAGCGAAUCCGCGUUCGCGUAGUCGGUCUAGCUGCACAGGUAGCUGUCUGCAAAGAACUGUGCAAGCAAACCAACGACGGCGACUUUUUGAGCACUUACGGCGUCAUCCUGAACGAGCAGCAUUUCAAAGAACUUCUUCUGAGCGCCUGUACACCUCCUGCGUCUACGAAAACUGAGAAGUCAGCAAAAGGCAAAUCGGCAUCUGAGCUCAUGCGCAUGGGCUUUCCUUCUCGCAUCGUCGAAACGACACCGUCCUUUUGUGCCUGCCACACAAGACUGCUAAAGGGCGGUUAUCUCUGUCCCCGUUGUAACGUCAAGGUCUGCUCACUACCAACGGAAUGCCCCGCAUGCGGCCUUACACUGAUCUUAUCAACCCAUCUCGCGAGAUCAUACCACCACCUGAUGCCGCUGCGCAAUUGGUACGAAGUCGAAUGGCCCGAAGCAAAACGGAGUAAAGCAUCUUCAUGCUUUGGAUGCCACAAACCAUUUGCUCCCGUCCCUCCUACAAUCUCGUCAAGCGGCUCGUCGACAAAAAUCAGAAUCAGCACCACAUCCUCAGGAUCGACAGCAACAGUCUCGCACCAAGACAAAUCUACAGCUACUCAUACAUCCGCAGCGGGCCCUACAGGCUCUACAGGAAGAUUCAGGUGUCCGACAUGCCAUAGACAGUUUUGCAUCGACUGCGAUCUGUUUGCUCACGAAGUGCUUCACAACUGCCCGGGGUGCGAGGCCACCUCGCCCGUCUCGCGCCGUCAAAAUGCGUCAUCGUCAAGCAAGGCUGCUGCUGCUGCUGCUCCAGCUUUUACUACCGCACCGGUUCAGGUCUAAAGAUCAAAAUAAGAAGAAAGAAGGAGAGACGCUGUAAUAUAAUAAAGCAAUGUACAUGGUAAAAAAAUUAGAAAG